AAAUGGAAGACUCGUCAUUCAGAGUAACAGGGGGACUGAAACUAAAAGGUGAAUUGCAACCACAGGGUGCAAAAAAUGAAGCCUUACAAAUCUUAAGUGCAGUAUUGCUUACAGAUCAGGAUGUGAUCAUCAACAAUGUGCCGGAUAUAGUAGAUGUCAAUAAGCUGAUAGAUCUUUUAAUAGGACUAGUAACCGGUACUGCCAAUAUAUUGAUGGCUGCAGUUCUUGCUGAAGGAAAGACUACUAUUUAUAAUGCAGCCUGUGAACCAUAUCUGCAGCAAUUGUGCAAUAUGCUGAUAAGAAUGGGGGCUAAGAUCACAGGGGUUGGCUCCAAUUUGCUUACCAUAGAAGGAGUUGAGCGACUAGGUGGUACCACUCAUACUGUGCUACCGGAUAUGAUCGAGAUAGGUAGUUUUAUUGGACUUGCUGCCAUGUGCCAAUCGGAGAUUACGAUUAAAAAUGCAUCGAUUCCCAACCUGGGAAAUAUUCCAUCCGUUUUUCAGAAACUUGGUAUUAAAAUGGAAUUCAGAGGAGAUGAUAUAUUUAUUCCUGAGCAGGACUUGUAUGAGAUUGAUACCUUUAUCGAUGGCUCUAUCCUUACCAUAUACGAUGCUCCUUGGCCGGGUUUUACACCUGACCUUAUGAGCAUAGUGUUGGUGACUGCUACGCAGGCAAGA